AUGUAUGAAUAUCAUAUUCUUCCUUUAAAUGAAGUAGUAGAAGAAGAAGGUAUUCCUCUCUCUGAUUUUUCUCAAAUUGUUCAUGAUGGUGGUGAACGGGAACAUUAUGAAUUAUCAAUUCCAUGGUAUCUCGAUGGUUGUUUGAUGAGUAAA